GGUUCCCUAUGAUUCUCUUUCUAGGGUCCGUAUUGCCUCUGCUAUUUAACCACAGCAGUCAAGAAUCCGCCUCCCCCACACAGCUCCCGCCGUCACCUCAGGAUCCGAAAUAGUACUUUUUCUUCACCAAAUCCACCGUCAUUAUCAACUCUGCUAGAGUCGCCUCUAGGGUUUCUUCCUCUUCUCCGACUUCUCCGUCUUGUUUUUUUUUUAUCGUCGCCGUCGCAUCUUCUUUCGUCAUCGCUUUCUAUCUUCUUUGUUUCGAUUUUAAGUUUCUAAAUCGGAUCGAUCUUAGGAUUGACGGUUUUCGGAUUAGAUAAAUCUGCUUGAUCGUUGGUUUUUCCCUUUGCAAUCGAUCGAUUGUUUCGCUUUAUGCUUUAAUCUGGAACUUUAGUCGUAGUUUUGUUUUUUUAUAAAAAAAAGAGAAGCGAAUCGAUUUGAGUUAAGAGCGUCUUUGAUCUGGGAUUUUGAGAUGAAGCGGACGAGGAAAUCGAAGGGUGUUUCGUGGGCUAACGGAGUUAACCUUUGUCAGGUGAAGCUGUUCUCAUCAGAGGACUGUCCUUCUAAAGUUGGCCAAUCUUCCAAUCAUCUUCAAGCUAAAACCUCCAGAAGGUUGCCUCCUUAUACUUAUGAAUCUAAUGGUUGUCCUCCUGGGUUCAAUGAUACUCGUUUGAAGAACCAAUUAGCAGAUGUGUCCUCCAUCCCUUUGAUUAAAUGGAAUUGCCCUCCCAAGUUUGCAAUGAGUUGCCACUGGCGUGUGGCAGCAGGAGAAGAAAGCAAAGAAUUGGAAUCUCAAAAUUUCAGGGAGAUGAGAUUACUCGAGGCGGUUUACCCUCGUGUUUCUGAUAUUCCUCCAGGUGCAACCGUAUCUACCGAGAUAAAAAAUGAACGAUACAAUGAUAGUGUCACUCCUCUUGUGCCUAUUAUUCCCAUUGAAGAAGAAGAAUGUGAAGUAAUGGAAGCAGAUUCAGCUGCUGUGGGUAACUCCGCUACGAAAUCGUUUCCGAUGAUGUCUUCAAACAUUCAGUUGGAACCUGCAAUCUCUAAAAGUUCCAUUGAAACAUCAGCAGCAGCAGCAUCAGGGGAAAUGCAUACUGAAAAGCUACCUGAUGUUGGUGUGGACGUAGCAGCUGCAGCCUCUGCUGCAUUAGCUGUUCUAAUGAAAAGCAUGGAGCAAGGAAGCAUGAUCGACACCAAUUUACUUAUUAAGAUCUUCAAUGACACAACAAUGAUUCAGAAUUUGACAAAUAUUCUUCCUCUAUAUGAAGCAGCCUAUGGAAGUCCACCCUCUGCUGCAAUUGCUGCACCAAUAUCUUUGUCAAAGCCAGUUACUGCAUCGAAUUCCUUGCCUGUACCAAAAUCCGAUAUGAUACAGAAGCUCCCGAAUCGAAGCUUACCCCACAGCUCAGUUGGAGUUCCUUCCUCAGUAACCACUCUUCCUCAGGUGAGUAACAUUGUAGCGUCUGGUGUAAAGCCAGCCUCAGUGCCAGUCCGUGGCUGGACCGAACCCCAAACAGUAAAAACUACCAUACCGAAUGCUAGGAACUACUCUAACACAGGUGCAGCUCCUGGCCAAGUGAACAUGGAACCAGUAAGUUUGGUGAGAACAGAAGGGCAGCAAUUGAAGGAUCUUAAUUACUAUAAGAACCUAGUAAGACAACAUGGAGAGCAGAAGAAGGAUGGAAAGGAACAGAAUUUUGAACUAAAUGGUAAUAAUCACAACCAACAAUAUCCAAACAUGGUUCAUGAGAUGAAAGCAGGGAAUUUGAAAGGCAAGAAUAAGAAAAACUGCAUUUACUUCAAUACCCCAAAAGGUUGUCGAAAUGGCAAUGAUUGCCAAUUCAAACAUGACAUGUCAAAUCCCUGGCGCAUUAAUAACGUAUUGGAGACUCAAAGCAGUAAGAGAAUGAAAUUGUGGGGAUGAACUUACAGGGAAAUCUUGUGUUAAAAAUGAGGGAAAUGGAUUUGAAUUUCAAUGAAAAAUAUUACUCGGGUUGCCUUAAAUGAUCUGUUUUAACCAUGAUGGUAGAUUGUUUC